GCCUGUUUACCCAUAUAUAAGAGGAGAGAGACUUUAAUCCCUGACAUUACAACAUUCACACUGUAAGCCAGCUGUGAGAUCAUCUACCAAAGAUUAAGUAUGAAGGAUUUUUUAUCUAUUUAAUUUUAAAAAAACAAAACUGUCUUAUCUUUGAGAUUUGAUGAAUUCGGAACUGUUUUUUUUCCUUCUUCCUUUGUCCUAAUUUCCAGCUGUGGCCACUGAAACCAUGCUGAAGGUACUGCUGAUACUUGGAUGCCUCCUGACCAUUACCUUUGGUCAGCCUGUAAGUCUCUUUCUAAUCCUCGUCCUCAGAUGAUUGUUGAAGUUGAAGAACCUGUAAAGCCAGUCUCCUACUGCAAUAUUUCUAAAUUCCUACAGAUGGCUCACAAGCGAGUUGCUCGCUCCAGUUCUGACUCGAGCUCCGACUCCGACUCAGAUUCUGAUGAGAGACGUGCCCCGAGCCGGCCUCGCGUCAACCAACAACAGAUGCAGCUCCUGCUGACUCUCAUGAAGCUCAUGAAGACCACCACUACUGCACCAACAACCACCACCGCCACCACAACCACUACCACCACUGCAGCUACCACUACGGCCGCCACUACAGCCGCUGCUACCACCGCUGCGUAAAACAAUCACAAAUGUUACCGUACAUUUGGGCUGGAUUAUACAACAUGGAUGUUUUGAGAUUAGUACUUUGUCGAGUACUUGUUUGUUUUAGGAUGAAUCUUUGUACUCCUAAAUUUUUUGUUCCAGCUGAAUAAACAAAAUUCAAUGCAACCAUUUUGGCUCAGUUUAUUUCCUUCUCUGGAUAUUUUGAUAUAUAUACUUACUCAACUGUCUUCUACUACAUCCUCAACCAUGGACGAGUGGUAAACUCUUCAAAUAUGUCAAAAAUGUACUGCUUUGUUUGUUCUAAAUUCAACUUGUUUGCCAAGUGAAACACUAGAAACACGUCUUGUUAUUGAUCUGGUGUUUGUCGAUGAAGCUGUGUGAACAAAAGUGUUGGACGUCAAAUGAUUUGUUCACCGUUCACUCGGCGUUUCAGCAGAAGAACGUGCAGCCUCAGUUUCUAUGGUUUCCUAUCUCCACUCCUCUGUGAUUCAUUCAGCUUUUGGUUUUAUUUGCCAUCCCGUCCGAGCCACACAGGUCGUCUAUUUAACGAGAAAAUAAGACCAGAGGCUAACUACAAACACAAAAAAAGUCAGUCAAUCGGCAUUUUUUUUAACAAAGUCAAAAAGUAACAACUUUCACUUCUUUGACAACAGAUCCAGGCAGAAACAGUUCAUCAAACAGAAACAAACAUGAGCAAAAACACCAAGAACAAAGCAUCGAUAUAAAACUAAAAGACUGAACUACACAGCAAGAAGAGCAAACACUGAACACA